AUGACAUUAUCGUCUUACGUGUUGGACAGUUCAAGACAGGACCCUUGAUAUUAAGAUUGGCAGGACUUUUCGUGGAUGGAGAACAUGGGUUUAUCGUGCCGUAAAUCUUGCCCAAAGGUUCACAGCUCAUUGUGCAGUGAGAUGACAAUGAUGCUAGAUAGAGUCUCCUCCAUUCUUCCAUCAAUUGAGGCAGCUCGUCCAGGAUGCAGAGCAGGAAUACAGGAAUUGUGCAACCUAUACAAUAUAGUGGAGAAAGGAAAACUCAUAACUCAGCACUGCAUUGAAUGUAGUAAGCUCUACUUGGCUAUUACUGGAGAGGCUAUUUUAGCACGGUGUGAAAGGAUCAGAGACUCACUUAGGCGGAGCCUGUUCCUGAUUCAGAAUAUGGUCCCAACAGUAUUAGCUAACCAGAUUGCCGAGGUCCAUAUUGAUCUUGGAGAAGUAAAAUUUGUUAUUGAUCCACUAGAAGAAGAGGCAGGCAAAGCCAUUUUAGAGAUGCUUCGGCAGUCUGAUGCAACUGAAGAACUUGAACUUCAGACAUUUGUGGAGGCAGCUUCAAAGUUAAACCUGACAUCUCCUAAAGCUAUCUUAAUUGAAAGAAGAGCAAUCAAGAAACUGGUCGAUAAGACUAGUGGUACUGAUCACAAAAAGGAGCAGGUUCUGAAGUUUUUUCUGUAUCUUGUUAGAAAGUAUGGAAAGAACAUUAAACCAGACACUGGUGAGCGGGCAGAAAAUUUGCAAUAUGAAAAUCAGUCUAGUCCAAGUUUAAGUCUUGCUAGUGAUGGCAGUACUCCUGGAAAAUGCUACACACCGACAUACUUCCAGGGAUAUGAGUAUCAGAGUAGUAUGUCUGGAGAAACUACACCACCUACAGAGUUAUGUUGCCCAAUUUCAACAAAGCUAAUGCAUGAUCCUGUCAUAAUAACAUCUGGACAGACUUACGAAAGAGAAUAUAUCGAGAAGUGGUUCAGUGAGGGAUAUGAUACUUGUCCCAAGACACAGACAAAGCUAGAAAACUUCACGAUGAUUCCAAAUACCUGCAUGAGGGAUCUCAUUUACAAUUGGUGCAAAGAGCAUGGUUUCACAAUCUCAGAUUUUCUACCAGGCAAAGAUGCCUACAGUUAUUCGUCAGAGCAAUUGCAUGGUCACUCUAUGUCAAGCUUGCACAAUGUUUCAGUACCUCUUAUUGUUGGAAAUGCCAGGAAUUUUGUGAUUGACAAUUCGUCAACCACGUUUUCUGAUGCCAGUUAUGUCUCAGAUUCCUCCCAUGUGAAGGAGAUGGAGGAGCCGAAGAAUAGGUUUUCUCGGUUCUCUUGGAGUGCAGACUAUCAGAAGUACCUGUCAUUCCAAAAUUUCAACCAGAGCAUGUUCCUGACGUUCUUUUUCGAGUUUUCCAAGCUUACACCAGAAAUACAAGGCAUAUCCAUUAAGGAUCUGAAGAACAUUCUUGACAAUGACAACGAGGUUUCUUAUGCUAUGGUUUCCAAUGGAUUUGUAGAAGCAUUUCUCGAUUUUUUGAGAAAUGAUAGCGGCAGCUACAGUAUGCAAGCUCAACAAGCUGGGUUACAUUUUUUCCUCGCGUUCCUUUCCAAUAGCAGAGCCAAGAGGAUUCCAUCCAUGAAUGAAGAAACAUUCCAUCUCAUCACAUCCUUUUUGAAUUCCGAGUUAAAAACUGAAGCGUUGAUGGUACUUCAUGAACUGAUUUUACAUUUGAAUCAUCGACAGUCCCGUCAGAUGGCCUCUGUGGUCACUCCUCCAAUUGUCGCAAUAUUGGCUUCUGAAGAUAUCGAGGGGCUUGAACUUCCCUUGAAGAUUAUCUGUGAUCUUUCAUCGGAUGCUGAUGUAAAGUCACACCUAAUUUCACUGGGAAUAAUCUCGAAGCUGGUUCCCAUUUUGACUGAAGGAAGCUUCGUUGAGUGUUGUUUGAAGAUUCUGUGGAACUUAUGCGAUGUGGAAGAAGCUAUGGUGCUUAUUACCAGAACGGACCGAUGUCUCGCUUCAAUUGCAGACCAUCUUGAAACUGGAAGCCCUAAAGAACGGGAACUUGCGGUGAUAAUCCUUCUAGCAAUAUGUUCCCGCAGUGUAGAGGAUUGUUCACAUGUCAUGAAGGAGGGUGUCAUCCCUGCCCUUGUGGACUCUUCAGUUAAUGGUACCGAUGAAGCGAAAAGCUGUUCAUUGAAACUACUAAAUCUUCUCAGGGAUAUGAGGCAAAGCGACCAAUGCAGCAACUCGUGUUCGCAAGAAGUGGCUGUCGCGGAUGCGGUAGAGGAUCCUCCAGAGAGUCCAGUUCCAGUUCGCAAGCAGCAAAUAUCAAAGUCGUCUGGUUUUUUCCCAAGAAAGUUGAACAUUUUCUCGAAAACUCGGUCUGUGACGCUGUUUUGAGAGCUGGGAAAGGUAGAUUGAGUUUGGUAGUCCUUGUACAUGCUACAAUACUAACCGUUCUUUAUUUCUUUCUCGGGCAUAUAUAGAUGGUAGCAUUUGUAUUGCCCGAAUGAAAUGCUUGGUGAGAUGAUGUUAUUCAUCCUCAUGCCUUUCAGUAGAUAUUGGUUAGCAGUUAUGCAUCUUGCAGAUUGCAGUUGUUAUGCUUGUUGCUGUGUGUAAAAUGUAAAAAAGAAAGCAGGUAUAGUUCCAUAUUUUUGUGGCAAAAUUUUGCCCUACUGUUCCGCGGUAGCUGGAAACCCUGACAGAAGAUUGUAUUCAUCUUAUCUCAGACAA